AUGUCUCCCACGAUGCACAUGACAGCCCCGAGCGCAUACACGCCCACCUCCGACCUGAUGGACCGGCAUGAGUAUGGUGUUUCCAAAAAUCGGAAGACGGCGUCGACUGGAGGCGGCAGAGCUUGGAGCGAGGAUGAGGAAGUGUAUCUUCUGCAGACACGCCUGCAGAAGAUGCCAUACAAGCACAUUGCCGCUCACUUGAAAAAGACCGAGCUGGCAUGCCGGCUGCACUAUCACCAGCUAAGCCACGGCAGUAACCGCCGCAAGCGUACGACCAGCGUGUCGUCUGGGUCGUCUACCAGCGGCCUCUCGCCUACACUGGCUGCCUCGGUGCCUUCGCCUAUCCACGAGGACUCGUGCUCGCCGUCGCCUCCAGGCAGCGCCGGCAGCUAUGGGCCGACGUCGGCCGCCGUGCAGCUUCCUAGCAUCGUACCCGGCGGCACAACAGGAGCAUCACCUCGGCUGCCCGCCAUUCUUCCCAAACCGACCUCGAUGACUCUGGCCCUGGCGAGUAUCUCGCCGUCUGCCACUCGAGGCAGCUUCCCCACCCCGCUCUGCGACGUCAUGACACCUCACAGCGCGCCGCUUCUGCCUUCAGCCAGUUUUGUGCCGACCCCGACCACGGCCACGACCCCUAUUCCGCCCCACUCCGCCACCACUCCCAAUCUUCGCCUCGACUGCUCAACCGUGCCCCCUCCGCUGCCCUCGGCUCAUGGCGCCGUAGACAUGUCUCGUCUGCAGGCCAUCUACGCAGCACACCGGACCUCGUUCUGGACUUCGGUCGCGGCCGAAUACGGCGCCGGUGCCAGCGCCACCAUCCUUGAACAGGCCUGGAAGUCGGGCGUAUGCUGCGGCGCUCACCAGCAGACCGCCACGCCCAUCACUCCGGGAGGGUCUCCUGAUGACCGAGAUGCCUUUUACAGCGGGCUCAAGUCGGCUGGACAGCAGGACAAAACUCGCAUCUCGGCCAUUCUUGGGAUCGAUGCCAACCCCAGAAGCCCAAAGGAGAGGGAGAUGGUCAAGCGGAUGGAAGAGGAACGCGUGCCUCUUUAA